ACCACAGUAGGAAGCGGUUUGUAAAUACGCGUCCCCUCAGCCAGAAGCGGUCAGAAGAAGAAUCUCAGGAUAAUCUUUACACGUACUUCAGACAACUUUUUACGACACAAAACGAUACCUUAGGGAACGUAAAAAGCAACCGAGAGCCUCCAGCGAUGGUCGAGGUGUUUUCAGGCCGGACGCUGGUGAAUAAAGAGGGGGAUUUGGUGGAGCCGGAGGAGGCGCUCCGCAAUAAGGUGGUGGGUCUGUAUUUCUCCGCCGGCUGGUGUCCGCCCUGCAGGGACUUCACUCCGCUGCUCUGCGACUUUUACACGGAGCUGGUGGAGGAGACUGAACCGCCAGCACAGUUCGAGAUCGUCUUCAUAUCCUCAGAUAAAUCCACCGAGGACAUGGUGGAGUAUUAUCACGACAUGCACGGAGACUGGCUGGCGUUACCCUGGACAGACCCAUACAAACAUGAACUGAAGAAGAGGUACAACAUCACAGCCGUCCCAAAGCUGGUGAUUGUGAAGGAGAAUGGUCAGGUCAUCACUGACAAGGGCCGAAAGCAGAUCCGGGAUCAGGGGCUGGCCUGCUUCAGGAGCUGGAUCGAGGUGGCAGAGAUCUUCCAGAACUUUAAAGGCUAGAAAUCAGGACGAAAAUGCUGCUCUCCGUUUACAAGGGCUCUUUCUAUUUUAUGCAACAAGCUUUAAACCAGUCUAUUUAGGUUAACAGUCCACAUGACUAGUCAUAUCAACAAUGCGUUGGUUUGACUUGCUUGUAUGUGUUGUGGUAGUGAAACAGAACAUUCGUAAAAAUAUCUUCUUUUGUGAAGGGAGAGAAAUUAAAGACCAAAAUGUUUAUUUUAGGGUGUGUACGUGCGUGUGUGUGUGUGUGUGCAGCAGGUGUUUACUAGAUCUGUUGUUAUGGAUCAUCAAAAUGCCUCUUGUUCCUCCGUGUCUCAUUAAAACUCACAGAUCCUCC